AUGAGUUAAGGAAAAAUAUAUUGUUAUGGGGGAAGUAUAGAUAUCGAAGGGACGAUUUUACUUGAUGAAUUUUUGGAAAUUGAUGUUGUACAAUUGAAAUUCCGUUAAAUAAAAAGCGCUCCGACAGGAAGGGUUGAACACAGCAUGUGCUUGUAUAGGGGUUAGGUAUUAAUAAUUGGGGGAAGGACUCAAAAGAAAAUUUUUAAUGAUUGUAAAACGUACACAAUAGGAGGUGAUAAGUAAAAAAAAUAAAUGUAUUGCAUUAGAUGGAAUCAAAUAGAAUUCGAGCCUGCACAUAGGUUUGGACAUUAAUGCACGGUUUAUGAGGACACUAUAAUUGUAACUGGAGGAAGUGAUGGGUAAAUAAUAUUGGAUGAUGUUUGGCUCUUGGUUGAUCUGAGAACUUGGAUAAGGUUGGAGAUAAAAAACCCACUCUCAAUAUUCAGACAUCAAGCAGCAUUGGCUAUGAAAGAGUAUUUAAUAAUAUUUGGAGGGUGUACAUUCGAUGGCAAAAGAUGCAAUGAUAAUUUCUAUGCUCUAAACAUAGUCACAUUGAAAUGGAUAGAACUACCUAAAGUAAGUAGACAUCCAUACCCUCGUGUACAACAUACAAUGCUCUGUUUGUUAAAUUAAUCUCGAGAGGAUAUUUUAGUGAUCGGAGGUUUAAAUUACCAGGAUCUCUCAAUUCUUAAUUUUUCUCAAAUGGCCAACUUGGUCGAUCUCUAACCUCAAUCAUCAUUAGUGAGUUAUCGUAGUCACACAGUAGAGAGAGAGGAAUUUUUGUAGGACAUUCCUUUUGAAGUUCAAAAUAUAGAAGAGGGGACUUCGUUUUUGGAAUUAGGAAAAUAUUACGAAUGGAAGAUCGAAACUAACUAAGAGAUUAAGUUCACUCCUAGAACUGGUCACUCAGUAGUGCAAUGCUAAGAAAAUCUCUAUUUAUUUUGUGGAUCCGAUGACACUACUAUAGUGAAUGAUAUGCACUGCUAUAAUCUAUUUAAGAAACAAUGGGAAUAAAUUCCACCGAAAGGAAUAUUUCCCUCUCCAAGAUCAGGUUGUAAAGGAGUGGCCCAUCAACAUGACAUUUAUUAUUUUGGAGGCUAUACAAAUAGGAGGGGAGAAUACUUUAAUGAUUUAUAUGUUUUCGAUACAAAACUGCGCUAAUGGAAUUAGAUCAGAACAACCAGAGAAAUUUAACCAAGAGUUGAUAUGUCUCUGGUUAUAAAUAAUGAAAAGUUGUAUGUCUUCGGAGGGGCAGAUGGUAGUAAUAGAUUUAAUGAUUUGCAUUGCUUUGACAUCCAAAACAAUCAUUGGGUUAAGUUGCAAACUCAUGGAUAAAUUCCAUCCCCAAGAUUUGGCCAUACAGCAGAAGUAUAUAAAAAUCAGAUGUAUGUUUUUGGUGGUUGGGAUGGCUUUAAGACUUUAGAUGAACUUUAUACUUAUUCAUUUGCUUCAAAUUAUUGGUAUUCAGAAAAGGUUAGAAAUAAGCCUCCUUCUCGUUAUAGACAUAGCAGUACAAUAAUAGGAUAUAGUAUUUACAUUUUUGGGGGAGUUGAUGCUGCUAUGACUCGAUACAAUGAUCUCUAUGAGUUUAAUUGCGAAUUAAAGGAAUGGAAGUUUAUAGAAACUGCAGGGAACACUCCUUCUGCAAGAACGUUUCAUCAAUUGUGUUCCUAUGAAACUUCAAUUUAUUUGAUUGGGGGGAAUGAUGGAACUAAAAAAAAUAAUGAUAUGUACUCAAUUUAAGUAUUUGAUCAUAGAUUCAGUGACUUAUCUAGUAUUUCACAAUUAGAAAUUCAAUCUAAUUUAAUUCCAAAAGAAAAUGGUUUAAUCAACAUCCUUAAAAAUCAGGUGUCUGAAUUAGAGUAAAGAUUAAAAGAAGAAUAAGAAUUCAAUUUAUGUUAAAUUUGUCAAUCUAAAGAUAUUAAUUCUGUCUUUUUGGAAUGUGGUCAUAGAUUUUGUUGUUAUGAUUGUUCAAACAAACUUGAGCUGUGUAAAAUAUGCUUGAAGAAGCCGAACAGGAUCAUUAAAAUAUAUGUAGUUUGA